AAUAGAAACAGCAACACGUUAGAUGGGAGUUCUGUUCUUCUAAUGUAAGAUUGCAUGACUUAACAAUUCUGUGUAAUAUUACCAAAAAAAACACUAUUUUGUGUUAGAAACUUGAAACUUCUUGGUUCUUGCUGCUCACCAUCAUCAUCCAGAGAGAGAGAGAGAGAGAGAGAGAGAUGGCUACAGGGACAGAAGUGGUGAGUGCUCAUGGACAUGGAUGCUGCAAGAAAGGACCAGGUUAUGCUAGCCCACUUGAAGCCAUGUCUGGUCCAAGAGAGUCACUUAUUUAUGUCACUUGUGUUUACGCUGGAACGGGAAUAGAGAAGCCUGAUUAUCUAGCCACAGUGGAUGUAGAUCCCAACUCACCUAAUUAUUCGAAAGUUAUCCACAGGCUACCUAUGCCAAACUUAGGAGAUGAACUACAUCAUUCAGGGUGGAAUUCUUGUAGCUCUUGUCAUGGAGAUCCAUCAGCAGCCAGGCGUUAUCUGAUCCUUCCUUCAUUGAUAUCUGGUCGCAUAUAUGCAAUUGACACACUAAAAGAUCCAAGGGCUCCCUCAUUGCAUAAAGUUGUUGAGCCUGCGGAUAUUGUAAAUAAGACAGGAUUAGCAUAUCCACACACAUCCCAUUGCCUUGCUUCUGGAGAUGUCAUGGUAUCAUGCCUAGGAGAUAAAGAUGGAAAGGCAGAGGGAAACGGAUUUCUUCUACUUGAUUCAGAAUUCAACGUAAAGGGGAGGUGGGAGAAACCAGGGCACAGUCCGAAAUUUGGUUAUGAUUUCUGGUACCAACCUCGACACAACACCAUGAUUAGCUCCUCAUGGGGAGCUCCUGCAGCCUUCACUAAAGGCUUCAAUCCGCAACAUGUUUCAGAUGGUCUUUAUGGGAGGCAUUUGCAUGUCUACAGUUGGCCUAAUGGUGAACUGAAACAGACAUUGGAUCUUGGCAGUACUGGACUCUUGCCCUUGGAGAUAAGGUUCCUUCACAAUCCUUCUAAAGAUACAGGGUUUGUUGGAUGUGCCUUAACAAGUAACAUGGUACGAUUUUUCAAGACCCCUGAUGAAUCAUGGAGCCAUGAGUUGGCAAUAUCAGUGAAACCAUUGAAGGUGCAAAACUGGAUUCUUCCAGAAAUGCCAGGGCUUAUAACUGAUUUUCUCUUAUCUCUUGACGAUCGGUUUCUAUAUUUUGUCAACUGGCUGCAUGGAGAUGUCAGACAGUACAACAUUGAGGACCCCAAAAAUCCUGUCCUGAAAGGACAAGUCUGGGUUGGGGGGCUGAUCCAAAAAGGAAGCCCAGUAGUUGCUGAGGGUGAAGAUGGAAAAACCUGGCAGUAUGAUGUUCCAGAAAUCCAGGGACAUCGAUUGAGAGGAGGGCCUCAAAUGAUUCAGCUGAGUCUAGACGGGAAGCGGCUUUAUGUCACCAACUCACUUUUCAGUACUUGGGAUCGUCAGUUUUAUCCAGAAGUCGUGGAGAAAGGAUCUCAUAUGUUACAGAUAGAUGUUGACACUGAGAAAGGUGGUCUUGCAAUAAAUCCAAACUAUUUUGUAGACUUUGCAUCUGAACCUGAUGGACCUUCCCUAGCCCAUGAGAUGAGAUACCCAGGAGGUGACUGCACAUCAGAUAUAUGGAUCUAAGCAUCCUGGAUGGUUUGGCAAUGAGGGGUUACCUGAGAACAGACCUUAGGAAGCAAUAAUAUCAAUGUGUAAAUUGCAAUGGCAUGUUGUCGCACUUACUCUUUGAUGGAUGAGUAACUUCGUUCCUUUUAAUGCUUUAAUCCAUCGUUUAAUAUCAAAUGAUAAUUGCAGUUUCAUAAUCAA